CCCAGGGGCAGCGGCGGAAGAGGAAUCCAGAGCCUAACGUUGAGCGUUGAAGCGGCGGUGGGUCUCGGAAAUUAUGGACGUAGGAGAGCUGCUGAACUACCAGCCAAACAGGGGUACAAAACGGCCCCGAGAUGAUGAAGAGGAGGAACUAAAGACGCGGCGGAAGCAAGCUGGAGCCCGAGAGCGAAAUCGCUAUAGGGAAGAGGAAGGGGUGGCAGUGGAAGAAGCCGAUGAUGACAAAAAGAAGCUUCUUCAGAGGAUUGACAGAGAGGGAGAGGAGGAAGAAGAAGAGGAUGAACCACUAGAUGAAAGCUCAGUGAAGAAAAUGAUUCUCACAUUUGAGAAGAGGUCCUAUAAAAACCAAGAGCUACGUAUCAAGUUUCCAGACAAUCCUGAGAAGUUUAUGGAAUCUGAACUGGAUUUAAAUGACAUCAUUCAAGAGAUGCACGUGGUGGCUACCAUGCCUGACCUCUAUCACUUAUUAGUGGAGCUCAAUGCUGUGCAGUCUCUUCUCGGGCUUCUUGGGCAUGACAAUACAGAUGUGUCUAUAGCUGUGGUUGAUUUGCUGCAGGAAUUAACAGAUAUUGAUACACUCCAUGAGAGUGAAGAGGGAGCUGAGGUGCUCAUUGAUGCUCUGGUGGAUGGUCAGGUGGCAGCUUUGCUUGUUCAGAAUUUAGAGCGACUAGAUGAAUCUGUGAAAGAAGAGGCGGAUGGAGUCCAUAACACGCUGGCCAUUGUAGAAAAUAUGGCUGAGUUCCGACCAGAAAUGUGCACAGAAGCUGCCCAACAGGGCCUCAUGCAGUGGUUGCUGAAGAGACUGAAGGCAAAAAUGCCUUUUGAUGCCAACAAGCUCUACUGCAGUGAGGUGCUAGCCAUUCUACUCCAGGAUAAUGAUGACAACAGGGAAUUGCUUGGGGAACUGGAUGGAAUCGAUGUGCUUCUUCAGCAGUUAUCUGUAUUUAAACGACACAAUCCUGGUACAGCAGAAGAGCAGGAAAUGAUGGAGAACUUGUUUGAUUCACUCUGUUCCUGUUUAAUGCUUAGUUCAAAUCGUGAGCGUUUCUUGAAGGGAGAAGGUCUCCAGCUGAUGAAUCUCAUGCUCAGGGAGAAGAAGAUCUCUCGAAGUAGUGCCCUGAAGGUAUUGGAUCAUGCUAUGAUCGGACCUGAGGGUACUGACAACUGCCAUAAAUUUGUUGACAUCUUAGGUUUGCGAACCAUCUUCCCUCUCUUCAUGAAGUCUCCCAAGAAAAUCAAGAAAGUAGGAACCACAGAAAAGGAACAUGAAGUUUGUAAGAGAAUUGCCUGUUGUUCCUGUCUCUAUCCCUGUGCUUAUUCUUGGACUUUAAUUUGUUUUCAGGACAUGGUGCGACGAGGAGAGAUCAUUGAUGAUGACAUAGAAGAUGAAUUCUAUCUCCGUCGCUUAGAUGCUGGGCUCUUUGUCCUGCAACACAUCUGUUACAUCAUGGCAGAGAUCUGUAAUGCCAGUGUCCCCCAGAUUCGCCAAAGGGUACAUCAGAUCCUGAACAUGCGUGGAAGCUCCAUCAAGAUUGUCCGACACAUCAUUAAAGAAUAUGCAGAAAACAUUGGUGAUGGGAAGAACCAGGAAUUCCAGGAGAAUGAACAGAAGCGUAUUCUGGAACUGCUGGAGAACUUUUAGUCCUAUUUUGCCUUUCCUUUCACCCCUCAGACUGUGAGCUUCAUGUCUGCUUCUGAUCCCUUCAACCUGAAAUGCCUUUUCUAGGACACAAAUUUUAAUUUGGCUUUUGGACACAUUAAAGUUAGUUUUGGUAUUC